CAUCAAACGACUUCACUUUCUUUGGUGAGUGAUGCUGCAUGCACUACUCUCUUCUCCUCUCGUCAUAUAAUAAAGAAAGUAACCAGAGAAAUUCACAAACGCCACACGCAGCCAUGGAUUCUCCUUCUCUCUCUGCUGUUUCUCUUCCAUUCUCCGCUAAAAUCUCUCCUCAGAACGACGACAACGUAAUUACCGAUCCUCGACUUCCACUCUUAAACCUGUCGAUGCUUCAACAAAGAGUGGAUUCUCUUCAACAAUUUCUCUAUCAAAAUGUUCAAAGAAACACUUUGAUUGAAAGAGAUCAGAUGGAUUUGGUUUCCAACGAAAUCGUCUCUGUAAUCCAACAAGUUAUCCUCAACGGAAUUUCUCUUCUCGCUUGUUACUCGCAAGAAUCCCCAAUUUUACAAGAUGUGAAGCCUCCUUCUCCUGCUCCUCCUCAGCCUAACCCUGACAUCCCAAAACCAAAACCAAUUGUUUCUUCUUCGAUUGAGAAGAGAAAGAGAGUGAAAGAUGAGAUUGAAGAUGGAGAUUAUGAUAUUGUGGAAUUGGACGCAGUGGAAUUGCUAGCAGUGAACAUACAUCGAUGCGAGAUCUGCGGGAAGGGAUUCAAGCGAGAUGCUAAUCUUAGGAUGCACAAGAGAGCUCACGGGAACCAAUUUAAGACCAUAAAGGCAUUAACGAGACCUGACAGAAAGGAAAGAGGGUAUUUGAGGAAGAAAACCAGAUUCUCCUGUCCUUUUAAUGGAUGUAAUCGCAACAAAUCGCACGGAUCGUUCAAACCGUUGAAAUCUGCAAUUUGCUUGAAGAAUCAUUUCAAGAGGAGUCAUUGUCCGAAGCUGUUUUCUUGUAAUCGCUGCAACAAGAAAAGCUUCUCUGUGGUUGCUGAUCUGAAAAGUCACCAGAAGCACUGCGGGAAGUUAAAGUGGAGGUGUUCUUGUGGUUGUAGCUUCCCUAGGAAGGACAAAUUGUUCGGUCAUAUGGCUCUGUUCGAAGGUCACAUGCCUGCUUUUGUUGCAGAAGAAGAUUCUAAAGGAGCAGCAAAGAAGGAAGACGAUGAUGAAGAGUUAGAAGAUCAAUACGAUGAAGAAGAAAUUGAAGAGGUAAAACCAAACCCUAGUUAUUCAAAAGAUGAUGUGACGAUAUUAGAUGGAUUGCUUCAAUUUGAAAGCUUUGUUGGGCAAUGUUUAAGUUCAAACACUACUCCUAGUUCCAUGGAUGAUCAGUUUCAAGAUAUUUGGUGGUCAGGUCGUCCAUGAAGAAGAAGAAGAUUGGUUUAUACUUGUUUCAGUUCUUGGAGGUUCUUGAGCUUGUACUGAGUGAGCAAUUAGAUAUGUCUAAAUAUCUGAUUUGAUGAGUCUUGAACUUGAUUUCUUGCUUGAUUAUCAGUUUUUUUUUUUUUUAGGGUUUUCUGUGAAUUGAUAGAUCUACAUGAAUCAAUCUUCUUGAGAAA